UUUUUGUUUCGAAACAAAAUUGAAAUUUAACACGUUUUAAACCAAACAACUACAUCUGUGUGAUAGAAUGAAUGGAUGAAACUAUGGGAAAGAUUGAUAUGAAAUAUGUCUCUACAGGUCUUUCAACUAAUGUCAACUCCAUUUUGUCUGCAGUAUUGGAUUAGUGAUAAGUGCUUGUCGAGCGAGUUUGAACAGCUUCUGGUUGAAUAUGUGAUUGGGCCAUCUGAUUCGAAGGCUUUGUGUUAAGCAGGUGUUGAUGAUGCCCUGUAUCUUGUUAUACAGGUUCUUUGUAUGCCUUCAGGUUUCCGAUCCAUUGAACAGCAAAGACCUUAGAUUUGAAUUCUAAAGACGGAGCUUAGUUUGAAACUGGAUGGUUCUGAUGUUGCGAAUCAUCGCUGUCGGCAUAGAGAAAGCGUAUUGCACUUUGUCGAUGCAGUAUGGAAUUUUUCCCUCGAUUCCUCCUAUCCUACUUACGACGCUGCCAAGGGAAGUGAACUGACCCUACAUCUAUCCCGAAUAAUUGUACAUGACCAUAUUCAAACAGUUGCCGUGAUAUAAUUGUCGUACACGCGAUUCCAGAUUACGAUGCGACAGAGCGAGAAUGAGAUGCGAGACACUGGUGAAUGCAGUUCUUCGAAUUCUAGCCACCUAACCAUCAAGUCGCUGGGUUAUAUUCCAGUCAAUAAUGGUGUAUCCGUGUGCAAAAAUUUACCGCACAAGAUGCACAGGAUAUAGCGUUUACUCUCGGGCUUGACCAUGACCUCUCUUUGGCUACGGUAGACCGCAUCGUCUUCAACACCGUCCUGUCUAACGUGAGUGGCGCCUAUGACCCAUCAACCGGCACAUUCAACUGUCUCACAACAGGCAUAUAAAUGUUCCAGUUCCACACGUUGGCUCACCAGGACAAGGCCGCCUGGCUGGAGCUGUACCACAACCAACAAUACAUCGCCUCCGUGUACGGCAAAACCACCAACGACUAUGCUAUGGCCGGUAACUCCGUCAUCCUGCAGGUCAACAAGGGCGACCAGGUCUACAUUCGUGCAGUUAAAGCCAGAUUUGGAAUUGCUACGGGCCUGUACGACCAGCCGGACGAGAUCUAUUCGACCUUCAGCGGCUACCUAAUCACGGCCAUCGCAACCGAAACACCUGUCGGCGGCAAAUAAAUCAAGUUGGCAGCAAUCAGAACUAGCUGACUAAUGUAUACUGGAUACAACAAAGCUCGCCUUUGUGUAACGUUGUUGAAAGACUUGAGGGACGAAAUCAAUUUUUAGUACCCCAGUACUUAAAUGAUUGUUAGGUUUUGCCUCGUAUUUAUUUCUCUAGAUUUUGGAGGCUAUACAAUUAUAAACGUCGGAUGUUGUGCAAUUCGAGUGGAUUAAAAUUACGGAAG